UCCCGACCACGCUUCAAGUAAACUACAGAGGCACCUAGACGAUAUAGGAAGUUGGCUGAACAAAAAAGAUCAAAGUCAACGAAACCAAAUCCAUGCACAUCACCUUCACUCUCCGAAAAGGACAAUGCCCAGCUGUUUCCUUGAAUCAAGUCACAUACCUCAACAUGCAAGUGCUAAAUACCUGGGAUUUCACAUGGACGACAAAAUAAACUGGAAGCAACAUUUAUCCAAGAAAAGAAAACAGAUUGACUUGAAAAGUAAAGAGUUAAAUUGGCUGAUAGGACGCAAAUCAAAACUAAGCAUAGAAAACAAGUUACUGAUAUACAAAGCCAUCAUCAAGCCCAUUUGGACUUACGGGAUCGAACUCUGGGGCUGCGCUAGCAAGCCAAACCUUUCAAUCAUUCAACGAGCUCAAUCAAAAAUCCUUAGAAGCAUUGCAGAUGAUAGGGAUCUGAAAAUCCCAUUCAUCAGGGAAGUCAUUGUGGAAAGAAGUUGCAAACACCAUGGUAGGCUUAGCGACCAUCCAAACCCACUGCUGCCAUCGCUAUUAGAUCCCACUGAGACCAGGAGACUGAAAAGGAAAUUGCCACUAGACUUGCAAGACUGA